AUGCCCUUCCAUCAAUUGGCCACGGAGCUAUUGCUCCAUAUAUUUCGCUCAUGCGAUUCUGUCACCGAUGUUAUGAACCUUGCAAUGACUUGCCGGCGACUUCAUACCGUCUUCCACCGGUCCAAUAAGCUACAAAUCCUCGUUGAUGUUGCCGAGUCUGAGUUCGGUCCAUUGGAUGAUAUCAUCCAGAUCGUCACACAGAAUACCAGCCAACGUGCCCACCUAUUUCGUACCGCCCCUAUAACCAACUCCCUCCUUAAGCAAAUAGUCCAGAUCGGGCACGUGGCCCAGAAGUGGGAAAUCAUAUACCCAGUCAAGAAAUGGAAGACCGAUUUUGAGAAUCGUCGCUCGCUGGAUGAUGAUGAGCGGUUCCGUCUCCGCCGUGCAAUCUAUCGUCUCUGGCUGUACCAUCGAGCCUUUCAUACGGAGUCUUACAGUCGCUUUAGCCGCACCCUUCCGCACAUCGUUUCCGAGCGUGCCCAACUCUUGCACAACUGGUCCACAGCCGAGCUGGCCGAGAUUGAGGACGUGCGUUUGAUCAUCGGUGAUAUCGUACAGAACCACAUCUGUCCCAGCAACGGGACCAUCCAACGAAAGUUCCGAAAACGCUACCCGGAAAGUAACCAUCAAUUGACGUUCAAUAUCCAUCUAAAUUACCCUUCGAGCAGUAGUCCCGCUGGUGCACCUAGUCUGUUCGAGAAGGACGCCAGUUCAGCCGAGCAGUAUUUCCACACCGCGCACCCUAGCAACUUCACUGAAUCGCCCGCUAAAUACAAGUCCCGGUUUCGGAACGAUUACUUCCAUGACCCUGGUUCUGAAGGUUGGGGUGACGAGAUCCCACAUUACUAUGUGGUGCAGGACAUGCUGAAACUCGAUCCAGGCCAGGUUAUCUGGCUGCGGGAGCAUGCACCUCUUAAAGAACAGGUGGAGACCUACGUACGCUCCUUUGGGGACUGGUUCCGCGACAAUGGCGAAACGUUUGGCGAUACGCUGGAGUGGGUGAUGAAGGAGCGGGGAGAUGAUAUUGAUGAGUUUCGAGCUGCUAUUGCAGACCGGGAGGUUGGCGUGGUGUGGGAUUGA